AUGCAAAGCGCAGAAUGGCCCGUACCGCCGCAGGUACUCAUGCUGGCGGUCGUCUUGAUUGGAUACCUGGCCUACAAUUAUUUGAUCUUCCCAACCCCUCGUUCAAUUGCCGAAUUGAAGUUCCUGAAUAGCACGCCCGGCGAAUGGUUCCCCUACCUUCGGGCACUCUACCGGAACACGUUGGAUCUGAAGAAGACGCUUCACCUGCACCACACAGAGCACAAAGAUGAGACCGUUCGCGUCCCCAUCUACGGCCCAGGCCAAGACAAGUUAAUCCUGCUGCCCCCCUCCCAGAGGAAAUGGCUCGUCGAUCAGCCCGAGUCUACCGUGAGCAUGCACGAGCAGACCAACCAGCAUUUCCAGUGGAGUUACGGCACCGUCUAUCCCACGCGAGAUCACAACGCGGUGCCCAUCCACAUCAUAUCUACCAAGCUCACGCGGGAGAUCGGCAACCUGAUCCCAGACCUCUCGGAGGAGCUGGACCUUGCACUGGCGAAGCACUGGGGUGGUGACGACGGCAGCAGCGAGUGGAAGGAGGUGGGCGUUUACGACACGCUGAGGCCCAUCAUUGGUCAGGCAAUCAACCGCAUCUUCAUCGGAGGAGACUCACAUUGCCGGAAUGAAGAGGUGCUCGACACCGGCUUUGGGUAUGCGCAGGCCAUACCGUUGGCGGCGAAUAUGCUGUGGCUGAUUCCGGACCCGCUGCGCCGUCUUCUGGCGCCUUUGGUGACCCUUCCAUCCCGCUAUUACGAGAAAAAAUGGUUCAAGCUCACCCUCGGCGAGGUUCACAGAAGAUUGGCGGCCAGGGGUCACUCAAAGCAUGGCAAGGGAUCGGGAACAGAUGCUGGGCAGCACAAGGGAGAAGCAAAGAAGAAUGACUUUUUGGAAUGGCUCAUCGCCUACGGAGAAUCCCAGGGCGACCCGUACCUCUUGGACCCAGAAGUCCUUUCAGCACGGAUCCUGCUCCUCAACGCUUUCGCACUGCACACCAAUGUCUUCGCCAUCGUGCACAUGGUCCUCGACAUUGUCGGUUCCGGCGCAGAGCAAGGUUCAAAAGACGUUGCCGAACUGCGUCAAGAAAUCACCGAUGUCCGCGCCGCCCACAGCGACGACGAAGGAUGGAACAAGCGAUCACUGGCCCAACUCGAGAAGCUGGAUAGUAGCUUCCGGGAGAGCCAGCGCAUGAACACGAUCCUGAGCUUGGGCCCCUUGCGCAUCGUGGGGAAGAACGGCGUCACGACGCCUUCCGGCGUCCAGGUGCCAGCGGGCUAUCAACUUGGCAUUCCAGCGUACUCGAUCCAUUAUGAUGAGGAGAUCUACGGCUCUGACGCAGCGUCUUUCAAGCCGUUUCGUUUCUACAACAGAAGGAAGAACGCACAGGAAACUGGCGAUAACUUGAAGGGGGCGAGGCAGGCAUGGGCGACCACGUCCGCCGACUACUUGUCCUUUGGGGCUGGCUUGAAUAGCUGUCCUGGACGAUUCUUUGCUUCCGGAAUGAUCAAGGUCUUGAUGGCGAAUAUCCUGAUGAGGUAUGACUUUGAGUUCCAAGAGAAAAGACCGGAUAAUGUGUGGUUUGGAACGAAUCACAUUCCGCCGAUGACCGCGAAAAUGAGGAUCAGGAGGAGACAGCAAGAGGUGUAA